AUGCUGGAUCUGUCUAUUAGAAGUUUUCGUGUUUUGACGGCCGUUCAACAGAAUCAAACACGGUCUUCCGCCGGUAUCGAAUCCAAACACCUGUUGUUUACCGGUCUCGUUCUCAACCUUGACGAGGUCGCUGGUGACUUUCUCAAAAUCUCCUCCGGCAAUUCCAAAUUCGCGUCGCCAGGCAAUGGACGUGGUAAGACGUUUGAUAGUCUCGUCAACAGCCCAAUCACAAGCCCUGAGAUAUCUCAGGAAACACUCUUUGGUCAGCCAUGCCUUCUCAAAGUCGUUCAAUGCAACAUAUUCUUCUGGAUCACCGUGUUUCUCGGUGAUGGGAUACUUUUCUGUGGCCUCGAAAUGCUUCAGAACGGUGUUAUAUUUAGUCUGUUGUUCCUCCGUUUCAAUGUCCUGGAAAGCGGGUUUUUCUAUGGAAUCGGAUGGAGUCCCAAACGGCUUGGUAACGAGCGGCUUGUCAUCGUCGACAAUCCACUCCUUAACGGGCUCUUUCUUGCGACCAAACCCAAACAUUAG